AUGGCGAUGAAUGGUGGUUAUUGCUUCCAGAACGGAAGUAAUAAUUGCAGUAGUUCCUCCGACGCUGCCGCUACCAUGAUCACUUUCGACGACGGCAAGGCAGAGCGCUCUCGACCUUCCCAACAUGGCCUCGAUCUUGGCCUCCCGUUGGAUAGCCGGAGUCAGUGGGCGGAGGGCCACGCCGCCCGGCAGGAGAAGCUGUUCAGAGGCGUCCGGCAGCGGCAGUGGGGGAAGUGGGUGGCGGAGAUCCGUCUGCCGCGGCGGCGGGCCAGGGUGUGGCUCGGCACCUUCGACAGCGCCGAGGACGCCGCCAUCGCGUACGACAUCGCCGCCUACAAGCUGCGCGGCGACGCCGCGCGCCUCAACUUCCCACACGCGCAGCAGCAGCAGCAGCAACAACAACAACAACACCGGAGGCCGCUGCACCAUGCGGCCAUUACAGCGCUGCUGGACGCGAAGCUCGCCACCGGCGACUCAGCCGCGUCGUCGCCGUCGCCGGCGAAGAAACAGAAGAAGACGGGGGGCGAUGAGAACCCGGCGUCGGUCGCCAUCGCUGGGAAGGAGGCGAAGAGGGAUGACGCGAGUGGGGUGAUGUUGAGCAGAAUGCCUUCUCUUGACAUGGACAUGAUUUGGGAUUCUCUUCCUCUCAUAACCACGGCGGCGGCGGCGAAUCUCGAUUAA